AUGGUUUGCGCAAAGUGCCAAAAGAAAUCUUCUAAUACCUCUUUGGCAACUCCAGAGGUCAAGAAGAAGAGUGACAUGUAUCUUGGUUCGCCAGCUGGAUCAUCAUCAUCUAAGGCUGGUACGAAGACCUCCGCCACCUUGGGGAAUAAUGGUAUAGGCAAGAGUAAAUUGCUGUCGAAAGCUGCUAGAAAUCCUUAUGCUACAUACUCGACAACUUGCACCGGUAAAGAAUGCAGCACCAAGGUUGACCAGGGAAGGAAGUAUUGUCUGAAGUGCUCAUACAAAGCCAACGCUUGCGCGAUGUGUGGAAAGUCGAAUGCGAAAACGUCAUCGACUCCAGUUGUCGCUGGACAAAAAUUCAAUUUAAAGUGA